AUGGUACUAUAUAAAUUAGUGUUUUCAGCGUCAGAAGUACCCCCGUGCUACACGGGCGUGUCUUGGCGCGGUGUCACAUUAGAAGAGUUUGCGGCGUGUCCAUGGUACUUGGCCAACAAUCGCCAAACGCGCAUGUUGGCCGACUUGGCCCUUGUGGGCUGUUAUAACGGCACUUUACGGCAUCGAACUUUGGACACAGAAAGGGUUCUUCUUGCGUCCGCCAAGAGAAAUCUCGCCGCAAUGGCCUACUUCGGGCUUACUGAAUGUCAGAAGAUAUCCCAGUACGUGUUCGAGGAGACGUUCAACCUGCGUUUCGCUGUACCUUUGACGCAGCACUACGCGACCGUGUCGGGUGCGACUAUGGCCGCGCUGUCGCUCGCUCAGAUCGCGCACAUCAAGCGACUCAACUCGCUCGAUCUGGAGCUGUAUGAGUUCGCUAAGAAUUUGAUGUUCAAGAGAUUCGACACGUUAAAAAAGCGGGACUCGGAUUUCGAUUUCCGAUGGAAACACCUGGGGGAAGUUUCUCCUCGUAGCGGCAGCAACUUAGAAGAUGCGAAGGUUGUUGCGUUAAAAGAGCCUGAAGUUGUGGCAUCCAAAGAGUCCAAAGCUACAGAUCCUGAUAUUGAAGCUACAAAUCCUGAUCCUGAAAAAGACUUGCAAGAAGACAGACAAGUGGGAAGAUGUCCGAAAAGAAUGAAAACAAAACAGAAGACUGCACCUGAAGAUAACAAAUUUUUAGAAGCCCUUAACAAAUCCAUCAAAAGUAGAGAACAAUUUGAGCUUGGAAGUCAAGAUGAAGACAGGUUAUUCAUGCUGUCUUUAGUAAGCACCUUAAAAAAAGUGCCUCCUGCAAAAAAAUGGCAACCAAAAUAA